CGGAAGUGGCGGCUGAGCGGGAGCGCUGAGGUGGCGGCCGGCGGGGCAGCGGCCGGGAGCGGGGGGCGGGGGCGUUGGUCAUGUUUCCCUUCGGGCCCUGUAGCCCUGGAGGGGACGGGGCGGCCGGAGCUGGGGCUGAGGAGCUGGCGCCCCAUGGGGGGCAGGCGGCAGCCGCCAGGCCGUCCUCUCCCCCUCCCCCGCCGGCGCUGCCACAGCCCGGGGCUGACGCAGCCCCUCCCCCGCCACCCGCCCGGAGCCCUCGUCGCCCCGGCGCCCCCUCGCUGUCCCCGGCCGCGCGUGCACCAGAGCUCAAGCCGCCCAGAUCCCCGGAGUCCUCGGCUGCCUCCGCCCAGAGAGAGCCGUCAUCGCCCUCCCCGCCGCGCCAGCGGCCCGGGCCAGACUGCAGGGCCGGGAGCCGGGGCCGGCAUGGCCUCAGCGCGGGCCCGGGCGGCCCUGGCGCCAGGCUGUUUGGGUGGCUGAGAGAGCGCAGCCUGGGCCGCGGGCUGUUCGUGGACCCGGCGCGGGACAAUUUCCGCACCAUGACUAACCUCUAUGGUUCCAUCCACCCCGCGGACUCGGUGUACCUCAGCACCCGCACCCACGGUGCCGUCUUCAACCUUGAGUACUCGCCCGACGGGUCAGUGCUGACGGUUGCUUGUGAACAAACUGAAGUUCUGCUUUUUGACCCUAUAUCUUCAAAGCACAUAAAAACACUUUCUGAAGCUCAUGAAGACUGUGUAAAUAAUAUCAGAUUUCUUGAUAACCGGCUGUUCGCUACCUGCUCUGAUGACACUACAAUAGCAUUGUGGGAUCUGAGAAAACUGAACACCAAAGUAUGCACUUUACAUGGUCACACUAGCUGGGUGAAGAACAUCGAAUAUGAUACUAAUACAAGACUCUUAGUAACAUCAGGAUUUGAUGGAAAUGUCAUUAUUUGGGACACUAACAGGUGUACAGAAGAUGGGUGUCCACAUAAGAAAUUCUUCCACACACGUUUUCUCAUGCGAAUGAGAUUAACACCAGAUUGUUCAAAAAUGUUGAUUUCAACAUCCUCUGGUUAUCUCCUAAUUUUACAUGAUCUUGACUUAACCAAGUCUUUAGAAGUAGGCAGCUAUCCCAUUUUGAGAGCAAGAAGAACUACAUCAAGUUCAGAUUUGACCACUUCAUCAAGUUCAUCUGGUCCUAGAGUUUCUGGUUCACCUUGUCACCAUAAUGAUUCCAGUUCAUCUGAGAAACACAUGACACGAGCCUCUCAAAGAGAAGGAGUUUCACCACGAAAUAGCCUUGAAGUCUUAACCCCUGAAGUUCCUGGUGAGAGAGACCGGGGAAACUGCAUCACAUCCUUACAGCUGCAUCCAAAAGGCUGGGCCACUCUUCUUCGGUGCUCAAGCAACACUGAUGAUCAGGAGUGGACUUGUGUCUAUGAAUUCCAAGAAGGAGCUCCUGUGCGACCAGUCUCACCUCGCUGUUCUCUACGACUGACUCAUUACAUUGAAGAAGCCAAUGUAGGCAGGGGUUACAUCAAAGAACUUUGCUUCAGCCCUGAUGGGCGAAUGAUUUCUUCCCCACAUGGCUAUGGGAUUCGCUUGUUGGGAUUUGACAAACAGUGCAGUGAACUUGUUGACUGUUUGCCCAAAGAAGCCAGCCCCCUGCGGGUGAUCCGUUCUUUGUACUCUCAUAACGAUGUGGUACUGACGACAAAGUUCUCUCCAACACAUUGUCAGAUUGCCUCAGGGUGCCUUAGUGGACGGGUUUCUUUGUAUCAGCCAAAGUUUUAGGCACACCUUACAUCAAAUAAGGAACUUCUGGUGUUUGACUUAUAAAUUACUUCAAUUUAGGUGAAGUAUUUUCUUUUUAGAACAUCUUAUAAGUUUGGGUCGAGAUCCUGGUUCUUAUGGGUCCAUGAACACACCUGUGACCUGAGUACUUGGUCAUCCGGCAUCAUACGGGGCAUCUCCAAGUUAGACUCUAUGCAGCAUCAUCUUUUUCAGCAUUCCUCUGCUCCUGCCGAUCUGUGCCACUGAACUGCAGUUCUUCUAGUUACUUUGCACGGUAGCUCUUGCCAAGUUCCUUUCUCUUGUGUGUGUGCACUCUCUCUCUUUUUGGUUUUUGAUUUUGUGGACAUUUGGCAGGAGUUUUGGUUGGGGUAGGAGAAACCCAUGACACUAGAAUUGAAUACAACUCAGAAGUUUGAUGUUGGCAUAUUGCUUGUUGAAAAGAAAUUUCAUCUUUACUGAUUAGUAUACAUGACCUUUUAAGGUUGCUGUUAUAUUUCUCUAUACUGAGCACAGAUAAUGGUGUUAUUCUUAUAAUUGUUAAGAUAAUCUUACGCCAAAAUGUCUUUUAAGUUUCCUGUUAAAGUUAUACAAAUUUUUUCAUCAUGAGAGGGAUUUUGUUGUGAAAUUCUAGAAAAAAAAUAUUACCACCUCUCUUUGUAAUUUACUUGUAUGAAUUUAAAAUCUCUAGCAUGUAUCCUUACUUGGUAUUUUGUUCCUAUCAACAGCAUUAGGAAGGAAAGAAGGGGAAGGAAUGGGCUUUGGACAUUUCUGUUAUACAGAAAAGGAUUUCUUUAUUAGAUUAAUACAAUAUCUGGCCACAGAGUGAUGAGAACAAUGUGACUUAGAUUUGCUGUGUUUUCUCUGUCAGAUUAUUUGAAUCACACAGGAUGAUGUGUUAACAAUAUUGGGGUGGAGGGGCAAUCAGGAGUAAAGAGGUGGAGGUUGACUCAUCAUUCUUCCCUGAGCCAGGUGUCACAAGCUCAGCUUUGUUACCCUUAGUGAGGGGAGAACUGCAGUCUUCUUCAAGCUGUUGUCAUAACCAUGAUACUCAGUGACUUGAAUGUCAAGACUAAGUGCUGAGAUGAAGACUUGUUUUUAUGUUUUGUUAUGGAACACAGCAAGUAGAAAGCAUUAAGUAGGGCUUAAGCACAAGGCUGACUGCUCUGUUGAAUAACAGCUUUCUUCCAGUCUCCUCCACAUGGGAUGGCAUUGUGUUUAGAGGGAUUACUAGAGUGACGCAGUGAUUUAAGCCAUGCACUAGCCUUGCUCUCUUAGGUCUCAUUCUCUUUAGGCCAGUGGUUCUCAAACAUUAGGGUACAUUACAUUGUAAUCAUUGGAGAGCUUGUGAAAAAUGCAGAAACUUUGGCCUCAUCUUAGGAGAUUCUGAUUUACCAGGGAGAGGACAGGAAUCUGAAUUUUUAACGGGAAUCCCAAGUAAUCUUUAUUCUGGUAGUCUCUGGAUCACAGUUUGAAAAACACAACCUUAAUUAGCAGUAAAUACUUCUCUACCCAUCUGGUGCUUAACACAAUUCCCAGAAGGUAUUUAAAUUAAAAAAAAAAUAAGUAAAUGAAAUCAAUAGAAGAUAACUUGGAAUGGAAUCAAUUGAAUCAUCUGAUAAAUAAGAGAAGUUAAUUGACUUGUUUAAGGUCACCCUGCAAAGUUAGUGGCAGAGCCAGGACUUGAAUUCAAGUCUUCUAAUUCCUUGCUCAGGGAAUUUCUACUGUAUUAUGCUGGCUGUUAAAAACAAUGACUUAUGGACACUUUGUCUUUAAGUUAUAUUAUUGUGAAUACUCUUAAACCAGCCAACAGAUUGGAAAAAAAAAAAAAAAGAAAGCAUGGGAGUAGAUGCUGAGAAUUCCAGCCAUAAGAAGAAAAGUAUUUAAAAUCUUACAGAAAUGUUUAAACAACCCAAACACAAGGCAUUUCUUUGUAGGACCUACCAAAUAGCCAUUCACACACAUAUACAGAGGGUUAUAUCUCACUUGGAACAAUGUUGGCUCUAGGACAAAUUCUUAAAACUAGAUCAUUUUACCAAGGAUGUUUAAAAAAUAAGAUAUGUUUUUAGUCAUGGAAAAAAUUACCACAAAGCACAGUGAAUACAUAAGCUUGUCAUAAACUUUGUAAAAAACAUAUAUUUAAAAGAAGAGAUAGUUUUAGAGAUAAAAGCGCCCAAACAGUGUUAUCGUUAAAAAUAAGCUACCAAAUACAAUGAUAUAUUGAUAUUCAAAAGAAGUUCCAUAAAUUUUAUCAAUUUUGGGAAGAGUUCCAUGUCAGAUGCUGGACCUACAAGUUGGGCCAACUCAAAAUUCAGGCAAUGAUUCUUUAACCACUAUAGAGUACCUAUCAUGUGUAAAAUAAUGUACAUGCUUUACUACUAACCCCCACAAAAACCUUGCAGGGUAGGUAGAAUGAGCCUCAAUUUUCUUUGGCAGUAAUGGUGGAUCAGAAAAAUUAAGUGACUUGCCUUAAGUUACAGAGGUGGCAGUAGGUAGCACUGGAUUGAAACCCAGGGUUGUUGGUUUGUUUGCUUUAGUCCUAAGCCUGUGUGUACUGCUUUGCCAUUUUGCCCUUUAGUUUGUAAAGGAUGGUAAACUGGCCUGCUAAUUUAUUUGUUUGGUGUCUUCUGGAAGUUUUUUUAUUACAGAGCUGGCUUACCUUCUGUACCAUCUGAAAGAACAUUUACAAGAUUGACAAUUUCCAUGAGCAUACCAUAAACUCAGGGGCAUAUAUACAGUCCAUUCCUAACUAAAAAACCUGAAGCAGAAUAAACAACUACAAAAUAGAAAAGGAAAAUGGAGGAGAGACAGCCUUAUAUUAAAAUAGAGCCACACAGAUGAGAUUUAAAAAUUAACAGCCAGCAAACUCAAAAGAACUUUUGUCCUCUUUGAGGUAUGGUCAUGAUCAAGAAGUUAUCAGGGAAUUUUAAUCAAGGAAUUAAAGGUUAUCAGGAAUGCUAUGGUACUGGAAGAAUUUACAUCUUACCAUUUCAAAGUCCCAUUUCACUUAGAGUAUAAAAUCUAAUCUGUUUUUUACUCUAAAUUGUAUUCAGUCAUUUUUAUUCGUGAUAACUCGUAAAUGUAUUAUAAUUGGUACUAGAGUAUAAUUGUUGGUAAAUGUAGUACAAAUUGUUCUCCUGUUUUAAAAAAGUUUUCUGCAGAACAAUAUAUUUAUGGCAAUGCUAUGUUGAAUGAGUUAGGGAUAUAAAGUAUACAGUCGUUCCUUACUUUCAACUGUGAAAAUGAAGUGGCUAAAACAGAAGAGACCUCUAUUUUAAAAUGUCUUUUAAAAAUGUAUGUGAGUGGUCUUUUUUCUCAGAGGCCUAAAGCACACAUAUAUUUUGUUAUUUCUCUCUGUUAUAUCCCUGAGAAGAGACUAUACCAAAAAUUUUAGGAAAACAGGCAAGAAAAAGGUAAAUCAUGUGUUCCCUGCUCCUGUGUCUAGAACCAAGAUCACUUUAUAUCAUUGUUAAAGUUGUAUUCUCUAGAACGUGCAAUACAGGGAAAACAUUCUGAGAAUCUCUUAGAAGCCUAGUGUUUCCCAUAUUUGUUAGACGACAUGGUAUUGGCAUCCAUAAGUAUCUGUUAAACUUAUGUUUAGCAGGAGAAAUAGUCUCAUAACUUACUGAUGACAAUCUUCCCCAUUUAAUGACCAGCAGUCAUUGAGUGCUGUGAAAAUUCACUCAGUAACACCUGUGUUGGUCAUGAAGGAAACCACAUAUAUGGAUUUUUGGAUAACUAAUGCAUAUCUUUUAAGUGCCAAAAUUUAAACUUAUAAUUAUUUUUGAUGCAAGUAUUUCAGGUUUGUGAGCAUACCUCCCUGCCUUCUUUUUAAACAGCAUGCUCAGUAUAAUUCACUUUGUCAUGAAGAAAAGUUAAAGUUAUAUUCACAAUGUGUUAUUAUAAAUAUCCAGUGAGCUCUAAUAUAUGUAAAACAUUUCAUAAAAUGUAAAGGGCUAUAACAAAUACGAGUUAUUACUAUUGUAAAGUGAUUCCCUCAGCCCCGAGGUAUAUAUAAUUGUUUGCCUCAGAUUGCUGUUAGUUUGUAAAAUUUUUUUUAUACCUGCUAAGUAAUUUGUUCUGUCUCCUCCGACACUAUCCAUAUGCUUGCCUCUAACAGGCUCCUCCCUACUUGCUUCUAAUGUGCUGUGUUCAUCCCAUGAGCUGGGACAUGGAAUAACCAAGCCUGUUCAGAGUGUCUCAAUUAAGAGCUGGAUAAACUCUGGGUAUGCAGUCUUUGAGACAGCUCUUUUGGUUGCUUUCCACUUUUCUGACAGGUUCACAAUAACCUGGAUAAUAUAAGCUCCCAGUUAAAGCCUAGGCUAGUGAUUUUUUUUUUUUUUUUUUUGGUUGCAACUAAGUAGGAUACUACACACUAAAUAAGGAUGCUGCUAGAUUAAGGAAUAAACAGCAGUGUACCAAAGUACUGCAAAGCAACAAAGGCUCUGUAUUUGUAUAGGGGUCUUUCAUGUUUUUAACAAAAAAAGAGGAAGAGUUCAGGAAAAAAAAAAAGAAAAGAAAAUCCAGAUAGACUUAAGAGUAUUUUAGAUGCCAUUAAACUUUGUCAAUAACCAUUAAAAUAUAUGCUUAAAUUAUCACGUUAUUACAAAGACACAGAUUAGCCUCAUUGUAGAAUAAGAUUGUACUAAAAUUUAUACCCUAGCGGUGAUUCUAAAUGAUGUCUUAAGAGUUUCUCCCAUUCAAAUGAAUAGGAAUUAUCAAAAGGAAAGGCUCAAAGUUACCUCUAUGCUGCUCUCUUUAGUUGUAAAUGAAUUAGCGAUAGACAUAUGGGUGUUAUCAAAAGCCCCAAGGAACACAUCUCACAUACACACACCUCCUAUAUAUAUGUGUGUAUAUAAAAGUCACUAUAAAUGAAAAGUGUCACCCAGAGAUAAUAAAAUAAUUUUUAAAAUUUAAAUCUGGUUCAAAGACUUUAAAAUAGGUACAAUUCUCAGCUUUCCUAAGUUUCUUCCUUAUUUAGGUUUCAUGAUUUUUACAUUAAAGGGUGAAUAUUUGAAUUUUUUAAAAAAUUUCACUGCAUCUUCUAUUUCCCAACUGUGCUUUCUGGUAAAUUUUAGAUUCACAUUUUCAGGAAAAUUGGAGUGUUCCAGAUAAUAUACUAGACACCCAGAAAGCUUUCUCUGUAGGCUCUGAGGUAUGGUAAAUUCUUACGCUAGACUGUAAGCUCCUUGAGGGCAGGGACUAUCUUAUUUAUUCUUGUAUUCCCAGUGCCUGGUAUAGGACCUGACACAGAGUAGUUAUUCAAUAAAUAUUUGUUGAAUGAAUUAAAUGAACCAUCACCAUAUGUGGUCUCAAGCUCCCAUGAAGCCAGAAUGCAGUGUGCAAAUUAUUCAGUACUAGAGGAAUCCAGCAUUUAUUAUUGUAAUUAAAAGACUGUAUUCAUCAGGGUAAGAUUUGUUCUGUCCAUAAGCAACCAAGCAUUUCUCAUUGAUUUAGAAAGCUGCAAGUUUCGACUCAAUUUUUCAUUCAACAAACAUUUGAAUGCCCAGUCUACUAUAUGCCUAGUCUAUUUCUAGGGGCUCAAGGGACAAAGAUAACUAAGGUCUUCAUAUUCCACAGCUGCAGUUGAAGUAGACUUAGAUUCAGUGCUGGCUUUAUGGGUGUUGGACAUGUGCUGUUGUAUAGUGCCCCACACUUGGCAAGGCCCCAUGCUUGUUUUACUGUUCUGCUAUAGCCAUCUGGAAAUCCUUAAUUUUUUAAACAAGGGGCCUGCAUUUUUAUUUUGCAUUGGGAUCACAAAUUAUGUGGCUGGUCCUGCUUAGAUGUUAUCAUUUUAACAUGAUGGAAACAAAAUAAUAAAAGUUACAGUAUCUUUUA